UCCUGGCCUACCUCCCUCGCUCUCGCUUCACCCUUUCGCUGCUCGAGCCACAUACACUCACCCCCACGGCCAAGCCAUCCCAUUGCCGGACCCAGACCGACGCGCACCUGUCUCCUUUCCUUGUCAAGACACCGCACAACGUGGGGAAGAAAAGCACACCUCCCAUGUCUGACGGGAUCUCCGAGCGACCUUCGCCACCACCGGCCCUGUCGCCUCCCUCUCCGCUGGGCCUGUCUCGGAAGCAUCGGCGACUGGCUGGCACCCUUGGUGGUGACAUGGACGACGAACAGCCAAGUCCGUCUGGCAUGCUGAGCCCGCCAAGCCCGCUGAGUCCGAUGGCUGGCUCGCCGGGGGUCGACACUGAGGACGACCUUCUUGGCAGCCCCUUCGGCGAAGAGUCAGAUCUGGAUGACAUUGACCCGACCCUGUUUGAUCCGAUCGUCCCCAUGGGCCCACACACCUCGGUGGAUCGCCCGCCGCUGUCGGACUCGGAGGGCCUGGCGAACGGGCAUCCCCCAGAGGCCGACAGCCGUUCGGCUCGUACGGCCUCUCGCCAGCCGAAGAUCACCUCGUUUGCCAAGUCGAUCGACGACCCGGACAUGGCUCGCUUUGCCCUUGAGCGGGAGCUCGCGAGUAUGCCUGUGCGCAUGCCACAGUCGGAGACCAUUCAGAUCGACAUGCAGGACAUCCUGGCUCGGGUUCUGCCCUCGAUGGCCAGCUCUCCCCCGGCCCCGGCCCCGGCCCCGGCCCCGGCCCCGGCCCCGGCCCCGGCUCCCGGGCUUGACAGCCCCAAAAUUGGCGCCACGUUCCUCGGCGACGAUAUCGAUCUCGUUCUGGACCUGGAUGCCACGGUGACCGAUAUGGCCCUGCUGUCCCCCUCGCGGUCGAGGCCGGCGGCUGCCCCGGUCGCCGGCCUGCUGGACCCGCCGCUGCCGGCUAUUCUGCCCCGACGCGAAAGUCUCGGUCCAAAGGUAGACAAGGAGGCCGAGGCGGUUCUUCGCCGGCGCAUCGACCCACUGACACUGAUCCGCCAAGCCGCGGCCAAGGAGCGCACACCCGCCAUGGCGCGGAAGAUUUCGCGCAUCUCAAACCAGGCCCGGCCCGGGGCCAUCCCCGUGACGAUGGCCACCUCGGCCGACUAUGUCCUCGCUCGGCCCGGGCAGAAGGACGACUCGGACGAGGGAGGGCCCGACUUUGAGCCAAGCGACGGCACCACCGACUCCAGCGGCACUGAAGAUGAUGACGACGACGAUGACCAGGACACUGAGGAGGAGGAGGAGGAGGAGGAGGGCGCCGAGAGGGGCGCCCUGCGGCCGAGCGUCCGUCGACUGCUGGACGAGCUGCACGCGGCGGAUACCACCGAAUCGGAGCUUGUGCCGGGUCCUGUCGGGGCGCCGACGGACUCCGGCCCGGAGAAUGACGAGGUGGAUGGGGAGGUGCUGCUGCCGCGGCACCGGCGAGCGCGCAUCGCGCGCGCGCGCGCGCGCCUCGCCGAGCUGCAAGCCCUGGCCCAGGAGCAGGCCAUCCGGGCGGAGGAUGCCGAGAUCGAGCGGGCCGAGCUGGAGGCCUACGUCCGGUCAUUGGAGCAGCGCCCAGCGCAGCAGGAGGCUGGAACCCGGCAGCCGGGCGCCGAACGGGCCGGCCCGGGCCGCGGUGGGGAAAGCCUCUUCGAGCAGCAGGCCGAUGAGGAGGAUGAAGAAGGACAGCUGGUGUUCGACAGCGCCCUGCGGGGAGAUGUGUCAGAUGAUGAUGCAGCUGCCCCGGGCGAGGAGCGGCUGACCCGCGAGGAUUUGACCUUCAUCGAUGUGUCACGGGCCACGGCCCGCGAGGAGGCCGCCACGGCCGACGCCAGUCGAGCUCUCUUCCGGGACCAGGUCCGCGCGUCGGAUCGCGAGCAGUUCCAGCGGCUGGAGGCCAUCGUGUCCGGGACGGCGGCCGUGGGCCAGGACGACCCCCUGGCCGGCGGGGGUGCCGACUGGCUGGCGGCCGGCGGCGCCUUCGGCGGGUCGGACCUGGACGUGGGCUCGGAUGCCGACCCCUUCGGUCUGUCCGAUGAUGGGGAUCUGUCGGAUGGCAGCCCCGGCGGGGGGGACCUCAGCGGGCGACUGGCCUUCUACCUGAGUGAAGAUCGCCGGCGGAAGCGCGAUCGCGAGCGGCGCCGACGCGAGGCCGCCGAAGACGCGGACGACGCCCCGGCAAGUGACCAGGCGCAGGCCGACGAAUCCCGGGCCACCGGGCGCCGGGGGCGCAAGGCUGCUCGCCGGGCCGCCAGCGACCAGCCCUUCGACCCGGCCACCUUCGUCAGUGCGGACUUCUUCGACCCGCCGGCCAUGCGAUCGGACAGCGACGAGGAGACGCGCGGGGCACAGGUCAGCGAGCAGAUGAUCCGCCGGUCGGUGCUGCGGUCGUACUCGUCGUCACUGGCGUCCGGGGCUGUCACCCCGGCCGGCGGGCCGUCCCCCUCGACCAGCACGCUGGACCUCCGGGCCGCCGUUGCCGCGAGCAUGUCCCGCAGCGUGGACAGCCUCCCGAUGGGGGGCACUGGCGGCAGCCAGCAGCGCGUGCCGGCAUCUGGGCCACCAUCGGCCCGGGGGUCGGCGACCGCCACGCCGUCAGCCUCAACCGACUCGCUGGUCAGCCCGUCGUCCUCCUCCUCCUCACUGCGGAGUCUCCUCCCGCGGGCGGCACCGGUCGCCACAGCGCCUGCCGCCGGGCUGCUGAAUGCCCGGGCCCGGAGCAACUCCAGCAAGUCGCAGUCCUUCUUUGACUAUCUGCUGGAGGAGGACGCAGGCGGCCGGGGCGGCACCACCCCCAGCGUGGCCAGCGCCUCGUCUGGCGAGUCGCUGUCCCUCGAGCAGAUGACCUCUCUGCUGGGGAACUUCGACCCGACAACCGAUUCGCUGGGCGCCAGUGGCCUGGUUGGCGGUGCGGCCGGGGCUGGCGUGUCCACCCGCAAGCGCCAGUUCGUCUACCAGUCGGUCCAGCAGCCAGAUCGCGACUCGCAGGAUGCCGGCUAGUUGUGCGCGUGGGCCGCGGCAGAGGAGGCCGGGCGCAAGAGGAGGGGCGGGGGGAGGAUUGUCCGCCCCGGC